AUGGUGUCCAUGAACAUAUCUGGAAAUGUCACCCAAGCUGCUGCUACUGAGGCCGAGAAUGACGCUGGUGAAGUUGGUCCUGGAGAUGCAGUGUGGAUUUUAACAAGCGCGUUUAUUAUUUUCACCAUGAUAUCUGGAUUUGGUCUAGUUGAAUCUGGUGAGGUUUAACCUUAAGGUGUCAAUAGACCUUCUCACGGGUUUGGAGGCUAUCUUAACGGGUAGCCAACCGGGUGAGAAAUUAAAGUGUUUGUAUGAGAAUCUAAUGUCGAAAAUUUCCGUAAAACGGCCGUUAAGCACAGGUACGGCUCCCAAAAUUUGUUAGUAGACUGAGGAAUCCUUCGGUGUGUAGCUUUAGUUUGUAAUUCCUACUUUCUUCAGAGCCGCCGUUUUACGAAAAUUAUUCCACAUAAGAUUCUCAUACAAACACUGUUAAACGGUGAUAAGGUCUUUUCGUUAAACCCUCAGUGUUCAGUGUAAGGUUCAGAGAGUUGACUUACUGAAUGGGCGUAUUACAUAAGAACCUUCAUUUCGUCUGUUUGAGUUUGAUCGCAUUAUAUAAAAGCAAUAGGAUUAACCCUGGCCUUAGUCAUCAAAUAAUUAGUUCGUGUCAUUUAACUGAAAAGAGAUCUUUAUUGCCGAAAAAAAAUCGGGACAAAACCGGAAAUUAGGAAUCGAUUAAACAACGGGAAUAAUUAAUUUUUUCCUCUGUAAUCUGCUUCAGUUGAAGCGUUGUGACGCUUUACGCGUCUGAUGCGGGAGGAUUCCUCAUCGAAAGUUCUAAGAAUUUCAAAAUUUAAACGUAAAUGUCCUGUUCAUGUUACUGGCUGUCGAAUCAAAGACUAAAUGCGUAACCAAAGAAAUAAAAUUCAGGCUUUGUGGAAAAAAAUGAGAGAACGAAUAUGACUACCUAGGAAAAGUAUUGUCCAACAACCCUUUUAGUUAUAGUAGUUUUAAAACAGUAUAAUCAGAAUCGUUUUAGACAUCACCCAGGUCUGUUAGGUUUAAAUUAUGACACCACAUAGUUCAGAAAAAUAAAAAUAAAAAGUGAUUGAAAAGAAGAUUAAUUUGCUUUAUCUCUUCAUUCUAUUCAGGGAUGGUAUCGAAGAAAAAUGAAACCAACAUCAUGGUCAAGAAUGCCCUGGAUGUAAUUUUCGGUGGCUUAUCCUACUGGAUGUUUGGAUUCGCCUUCAGUCGAGGAGAGUCAGAGGGAUUCACAAACCCCUUCUCUGGCGUAGCUAACUUUUUCGCUGACGCAAAAGACGAGGCAAUGGGCAGCGUUUACGCUUUGUACUUCUUUCAGGCAUCUUUUGCAACAACUGCGACAACCAUCGUAUCAGGCGCCAUUGCGGAACGUGCCAAUUUGCAAGCGUACAUGGUGUUUUCUUUCACAAACACGCUCUCGUUCUGUUUUCCUGCUUACUGGGUGUGGGGGAAUCAUGGCUGGCUUAAAAAGCUGGGUGUUAUCGAUGUUGGUGGAGCUAGUCCGGUGCAUUUAGUUGGAGGCGUGGCUGGUUUAGUGGGGACAAUCAUGCUAAAGUCGAGAAGAAACAAAUUUACAGGCGAUGGCCGACAACAAAAGAUGGCUUCUCCAACCAAUGUUAUGCUGGGCACAUUCAUGCUCUGGUGGGGUUGGCUUGGUUUUAACUGCGGCAGUACGUUUGGGGUCAGUGGUGGUAAGUGGAAACUAGCUUCCCGAUCCGCUGUUUGCACUCUAAAUGCCUCCAUAGGCGGUGGCAUUUUCGCUCAUAUUUUUAGUGUAUUUUACCUCAAGCGUGUCGAUGUUCCCACUCUCAUGUCAGGAAUUCUCGGAAGCCUGGUAAGCAUCACAGCCAUCUGUGCCGUCGCACGGCCCGGGGAGAGCAUUUUCAUAGGAUUUAUCGGCAGCGUGAUUUCAGUGAUGGGUUGGAUGUUGUUGGAAAAGCUGAAGAUUGACGACCCUGUUGGAUGCAUACCCUCCCACCUUGGUGGGGCACUGUGGGGCAUGAUAGCUGUCGCCUUCUUUGUCGAGUUAGAUCGCUUAGAGGAUUUCUCAGAAACAUACGGGGUCUUCAAAGGUGGCCACAUACGACUUCUUGGGGUGCAGCUGUUGGCUUGUUUGACGAUUGCUCUUUGGUCAGCGUUCAUCGCCUUUGCCCAGUUCUACAUCAUCGGCAAGUUCAUCCACUUCAGAUUCUCUGAGGAAGAGGAGAGACUAGGAGCAGAUCUCUGUGAGCACGCGGUAAAUCACAGCACUGAACGUCAAACUUCAGAGCAGCUGGAGCGCCUGCGAGCGGCGAUGGUAGCAAGAAACAAAGUAGCACCUGCUGGAAAUCAGCACGAGGAUGCAGAUGGCAACAGCAAGAUUGGGCUCGGAAAAUUUCGCUCAGCUGUGUUCGCUUUUAGAGGUUUACAGCGGAAAACGAAGGUUAUUCAAAUAAAAGAAAAGCAGGAUGAUUAA